AUGGACAUGUACUCAGCAGCAGUGACGAUGCACCUCUGCCCAAUCUUCCGGCAGGUGCCCUUGCCAGCGCCGGCGCCAGCCUCUAGCCUUCGAAUCGCGUGCGACGAGGCGCUACGAGCCUUCCCCAUCGAACUCGGACCCAAUGCGGAUCUCACUUCCCGCACCAUACUCGGCGGCUCAAUCUCCGUUCACGACUCCGCUGGCCAGUGCCUCUCGUCGCUCGUGCUGGGUCCAAGUCAAUUCCCCCCGGCCUCCCGCAUCACUUUCUACGCCUCGGCCCACAAACCGCCCAGACCUGGUCAGUACUCGGUCGCGAUACAUCUCAUUUGGGCACCGCAAGCGCAGGAGCAGCCCGAGGGGGCCGCAGCCGCUCAGCCGCCUCAGGAGGUGGAUGUGCCAGAAGACAUAGCGAACUAUGCUCGCUUGGCGACCAGCUUCUGUCGGAACGGGACGCCGCACGACGUCUGCAUCGACUUUCCGCACGUCGGCCUCCAGCUUUGGGGGAACCAGAAGCGGCUAUCGAAGCAAUCGCCUUACUUGAAGGUUCUCCUUCGCAACAAGGAGAUCGAGACCUCCACGGUGCACCCGCCCAUCCUGCCGCCACCCGACUGGGCGUGGAACUGUCUCGCCAAAGUGGUCUUCCGCCUCGCGAAGCAAUUUCAGCUCGAAGAUCUAGCGGAGCAAGCGAUGGCACGCCUCCUCGCCCAAAUCACGCCUCAGAACGCCCUUCUCCAGCUCUACGCUUUGUCCUCGCAACAGCAUGCGGAGAUCAUCGACAACCUCGUCGAGUACGUCGUCGAGAACUGGGCGGAGGUAUUUCCAGAGGAUCAGGCGGCUGGGAACCACCUGCUCUCACUCGUUGCGGAUCCCUCACGACAGGAGGUGACGAUGCAGCUGAGACCUCGACACCAGCGCGACAUGCCGAGACGUCAACAGAACGCUCGCGGGAGAAAGGACGACGACGUUUACGCGCAGGCGACGCUCGAAGACCCGGCAGCCAACGACGCGAUGCGCCUCGCCGCUCGCGCUGCAACGACCUACUUCCAGACGCCUCGCCGGAACAAUGUAUGUCUCGACUUUCCUAGCGCUGAACGGCAGAUCUGGGUCGAGGAGCGGUUGCACCAGUACUCGCCGUUCUUUGCGCUCUUAGAGGACGAGCUCCAGGACCCAAAUCGUCGGCGCCCACUCGCGGCGAACCGAUUUCCCGAGGCCUGGUAUCCGGUCGAAGACGACUCGGACAACGAGCGCGACGACGUCUUUCGCAACUUUGGCAAUCCGCAGUUCGGCCACCUGGACGAGUCGCAUAUGCCGUCCAAGUUCUCAACCGUCAGGGAGGCGUCCUGGACGACGUUCCUCUCCGUACUUGUCUGGCGAGAGUCGGGCUUCAUUUCGUUCGCGCCAAUGUGGCACAGCGAAGUCGAGGACGACGGCUUCCCCGUUGAGGACGCACCUUCAGUACCCCUACAACCAGACCUCUCCCUCCCUCUGCCCGUCUCGCCCACAUCCGUCUUCCGCCUCGCCAAAAUCCUCGGCUUCGACGAACUCGCCGCCUUCGCUCUCCCCAUCGUCCUCGAGCAAGUCACGCCCUUGACCGCCCUCUACGAGGUCUACACCAUGGCGUCGUGUCAUAACGCUGAGCUGCGGGAUCCGCUCGUCGCCAUGCUGGCGGAAUGUUGGGACGAAGCGAAGGAGUCGUACUGGGUCGACCGACUCACCCCGAAGCUACAUAGCACGCCGCCUGAGGCAACAGUCGUUACGACACAGCUUACGGAGGCACUGGCUCGACGAGGUGUUCGCUACGGACCGAACAUGUGA